GGCGAGGCGUCAACACAGACCCACAGUUCAGUAGUUCUGCCAAUAGCUAGCUCAAAAGGAUCGCAAGGAUUAGCAAAAUGUACAAGUUGGUGGUGUUUUUCGCUCUGCUCGCCAUUGUGGCUGCUCGUCCUGGUUACUUGGAGGCUGGUCCGCUGCUCCACAGCUAUGCUGCCCCGGCCAUAAUCCAUGAGCCGGCUCUGGCCAAGGUGGGCGCCAUCAUCAAGACGGUUCCCAGUGCGGUUUCCCAUCAGAGCAUCAGCCAGGUUCACAGUUCGGCCCACAUUAUCCAGCCAAUUGUGGCUCCUGUGCUGAAGACCUACGCCGCUCCCAUCAUCAAAACCUAUGCGGCUCCCGCUCUCCACACGACCCUCCUCUCGUCUCCGUGGGCAGGAAAUGGUUGGGCUGGACACGGUUGGGCCGGACAUGGUUGCGGCAGCAUAGGAGGUGUGGACCACCGGGGCGGCAGCGGCGUAGGUGGUUUGCACCACCGGGGCAGCAGCGUAGGAGGUGUGCACCACGGGAGCGGCAGCGGCAUAGCUGACCACCGGAGUGGACUUUACCACGGGGGCCACGAUGUCCUCCACCACGUGGGCAGAGCUGUGCACCACCGACUGGCUCUGGUGGCUCACGGAAGUGGGGAUGCUGUCAAAGCCAAGUGGCUGCUGUAUAAAAAGAUAACUGCAGGGCGGCAAACAGCAACAGUUCUCGCAAGAAACUCAAACCGAUCACUCGCAGUCCAAUCCAGUCAAUACAGACCAAAACCCAUUUCCAAAAUGUUCAAGUUGGUGGUAUUGUCUGCUCUGCUCGCCGUAGCCGUCGCCCGUCCCGGUCACCUGUUGGAGUCCUCCCCGCUGGUCUAUGCCGCUCCAGCUGCCACCACCAUCGUCCAGGAGCCAGUUCUCGCCAAGGUUGGAGCCGUGGUGAAGAGUGUACCCACUUCCGUGAGCCACCAGAGCCAGUCGGUGGUGCACAGCUCUGCCCAUGUGGUGGAGGACAUCGUCGCUCCGGUGGUGAAGUCCACUCCGGUGGUCAGCUAUGCCGCGGCCGCUCCCGUGGUGCACACCUCCUACUCCGCUGCUCCAGUUGUCCACACCAGCUACGCCGCUCCUGCCCCAGUGGUGCACACCUCGUAUGCCGCAGCUGCUCCCGUUCUGGCCACUUCCUACGCCCAGGUGGCCGCCUCCUCGCCGCUGACCUACACCGCCACUGGUGUGUGGUAGAGCCACCUCUCUAUUCCGUUACCCACUUCGACUCCCUCUCCUACAACCGCCGCCAGGUGACCAGGAUUCAGGUGCUUCGCUGGACGGUUAUGUGAUACGAAUUUAAAUAAAUAAAUGUUUUGCUUUGAA